AUGUUGUCGACAACAAACAAACUCGCUGCCGCCUUGACAUGCUAUCCGAUUGCCCUGUCCCUAUCCUCCCAUCUGGACCUCAAUGAUCUGCACGCUCUUGCUGCCACUUGUCGAAGUGUCCACGACGGCCUAGCACAAUAUGCGCAUCAACUCAAGUUUCAGUCCUUGCGUUGCAGUCAUGAUGGGAGACCAGUGCUAGCAGAAGCACUCUUGGCACAAAGAGGCAGGGUACAUACUGAAGACUCCUUGGGGAGUGCGGUUCUUUCGCAGGGGCCUGCAAUCGCGCAGAUGCAGGCAACAGCUGGGGCUAUCGGAGGAAGCUGGCCGGCCCAGAACUCGGGAGGUCUGUAUGCGUCGAUGGGCGUUUCCAGCAAGAUCAGCUCUUGUGCUCGAGAUUUGGUGGCUCCCUGUCGCCGAUGUGGAACGGUAGUGUGUCGUAACUGUGCGGCCAAAUCUCCGAGCACUGUGAGACUGAAGGACCGCUUUCGCCGCUUAUGCAAGACCUGCCUCGACGCCCCGAUCGAAGCGCAUCUACAAGCCCUCGGCUCCUCUGAGGAUGCCAGCGACGGUCCACCAAUUUCCAGUGCGAGUUCGAUGCGAUCCGAGCGGUCCCUCUCUAGCUCAUCCACCCUGGGCUCCACCACAGGCCUGGAGAAUCGUGAGUCCGAUACUGAAUCACACCAUUAUUUUACUUCCUCGGCCUUUCUUCGAGGUCCAUGCACCUGCGAAUCUCGAGGAGUGUUUUUGUGUGCCCCUUGCGGCCAGAGUCUGCGGGCCGCUGACACCACCUAUAAGAGGGUGUGGACUUGGCGAUCUCGGUAUUCGACACACAUUGGCGACGGACUAGGUACAGGGUUGGGAUUGGGAAACCAAGCUCAGAAAUGCGGCCGCGGGGAAGAUUGCCUGGAAAUGAGCGGCAAGGCGAUAUGCUGGGUGGAGAUUGAAUGCUCUGAAGGUAAGGCGCACGAUGGAACUGAUACCGACAGAAAUAGCCUCAGCCGGGUAGGUACGCCAGAUUCGGCCUAUGGCAGUAACAAGCCUGGGUAUCUGCAGCAAGAGAUCGAGGGCAUCGGAGGUGUUGUCAAGAAGAAGGUCAAGAAGCGCGUCAAAGUCGGAGCAGGGGUUUGGGAAUGGGAGGAUGAGAGGGAGAGUGGCAAAUAUCUGGAAAGGGAAGCACAAGGGACGGCGCGCAGUUGGUGUGGUUGGUGUGGGCGAGUAUGUCCCUCGGAGAAGGACAGGCGUGGGUCUUGCAUGGACUUGACAGGAACGGCAGUCUAG